AUGCAGCCCCCCUCAUACCCGCACUCCAGCCCAGGAUACACCGCCAGCAGCUCCAAGGAAAGCCUGCAAAACUCGUUUGUCAGUGCGCAGCAGACGCUGGGAUCGGGCUCAGGCACGGGGCCUCUACCGCCGUCUGCCGAGAUCGACAGCCACGCGCACAUCCGCGACGUUUUUGCGUCGCUGUCUGUGUCGAGCGAGCCAGAGGCGCCACAGAAGGCAGAGCACAAAACGCCAGCCAAAUUGGCGAAAACCCCUUCAAUCCCCGAAACGCCCCUGGGCCUGAGAAAAGAGGACUCAGAAACGUUCUCAGAAAGGUCGAUACCCAGUCAUCUGAGCUUCACCCCCAAAGCCGAGAUUUUCACGCAGAAUCACAUCAUGUCACCCAUAAUGCAUCUUUCCAGUGUCACAGACUCGCAUGAGUUUUUGCAGCACACGCUGGGGCCCAGCUCGGUCUCGCUGGUGUCCACAGAGAAAGUGCUGGAGCUGUACGGGCGCAACGCAAAAAAGAUACGAGACCCCGAGGUGCAGUUUUCGUACGCCCAAAUCCUGGUGCGCAACGGUCUCACGAUAAAGCCCGCCGAUGCCGCGGAAACGAAAAAACGGAAAGAGUAUUUGCUGGAGGCCCACGAUCUGCUGAAAAGAAGCUCGCGUGGUGGGUGCGUCGACGCACAGUACUUUCUGGGAGACUCUUAUGCAGUGGGAAUGUUUGGCAAGGCCGACGACUCAAAAGCCCUCAGCUACUUUGAAGCAGCCGGAAAGGCCCGACAUGCAGAGGGGGCGUAUAGGACCGCUGUGUGCUACCGUAAGGGUUGGGGCUGCUCCCCAGAUUCCCGGAAAGUGGUCAAGUUUCUCGAAAUCGCCGCAUUGAACAAUCACCCGGUGGCCAUGAUGGAGUAUGGAAUCUAUUGUUUCAAAGGCCUCAUGGGACUUCCCGAUGACAUAAUCACAAAGAGACAAGGCAUCAGCUGGUUGAAACGAGCUACCGAGGUAGCUUCCGAGCUGUCGUGUGGCGCGCCGUAUGAGCUGGGUAUGAUUUUCCUCAAUGGGUUCAGAGACAUCGUGAUCCAGGACACCAAGUACGCCAUCAAGCUAUUUUUCCACGCGGCGUCCCUAGGACAUGUGAAGUCAGCCUCUCUGCUUGGCAAACUAUACGAGGUGGGCAAGCUUGUAGAGCCGAACGCCGAUUUAUCGAUACACUUUUACAACAUGGCAGCGAGCAGUGGGGAUGUGGACGGCAUGAUGGGGUUAUGCUCGUGGUACUUUGUUGGUAGCGACAAUUUGAAGCGGGACUACGAUGAGGCAUUUGCAUGGGCUCUGCGUGCAGCUGGGUGUGGAAUGGUGAAGGCGAUGCUUUUGUUGCAGCGUUUUUAUGAGCUGGGAAUUGGAUGCGAAAAAGACUUGACAAAGGCUAAGCACUGGGGGGACCUGGCGAACCGUAGCGCUGGCAUGAACAGCGAACGCAAAAGAAGGACAUUCGAAUAA